GGGUGUGUUGUAGAAAAAUGCUAAAGUACGUAGAAUGGCGUGAUACGAAGUUUGAUAACGGUUCAGUAACCUUUCCUUUAACGGCACGUCCUGAAGUGUUUCGUUGCUUUAAACCACGGCAGUAUAAUGUCUCAAAACAACAGUUUUUUUUUAACCAAUUAUAGUUGCAUUGAACCUUCUGGAUUAAUAUAAAAUAGAAAAGUAAUCAACACCUUCUGACCAAUCAGAUCCGAGAACUCAGCGGCACUAAACCAAUAUAAUUAUUAUUAUAAUUGUCUAUAUAAUAAAAUGUAUUAUUCCAUAAGUAUUCUAAGUAUUAAUAAUUCACAACAAACGAUUGCUCAGUUGCUAAGCAACAUACCUGUAUAAGAUGUAACGUUUUAUGGAUGCAUUAAUACAACCCGGAUCAGCCAAUCAGACGUUAGAACCAAAACUAGACCCGUAGAACUAGUAAUAAAAAAUAAGCACCGGUGUUUAUUAGGUUAAAUAACGGAGCGACAAUAAUAAGUUGUGUUCCUUUACCCCUAAUAUGUUUUAUAUAAAGCUGAUGGUUUUGUAUCGUUUGUACACAAGUGUAUUAACGUCACGCUUAAACGUCAUCGCAAACCGGACGAUAUUUUUAAAAGCGAAGGCCUCGUUUUAGAGUUAAAGCUACACACCCAGCACAUUAGGCAGCCUCGUGCUGAGCCUGUGGGAAAGGAGUGGAGGGCAGGUCCAUACAGUAACUCAUCAUUAAUGAAGCCAGACCUGAGAUCAAAAACAGUGUGUGUGUGUGUGUGUGUGUGUGUGUGUGUGUGUGUGUGUGUGUGUGUGUGUGUGUGUGUGUGUGUGUGUGUGCAUUCAGAAGUUAUCAUUAAAACCACCAAUGACCUUUUCUUGUUGUGUUUCUUUGGUGACGUUUGUUUGUUCAUCUCCAGUAGACACGUGGAAAAACCAGGGUUUGGCUGCUCUAUUAGUGAAAUCACUGCGAUUAUAUGCGAGAUAUCGCAUUGCUUAUUUGCAUGAAGAAAGAUUUAGAUUGGAUCGACCGGCUCGGCACUUUAAUCGCUGAUCUUGGUGUCUGAUUAUCACAUAAAGCGGCGUUCAUACAGGCAUGAAGAAGGAAAAGAUGAAAUGCUCUUAUCUACUUAGCAGAGCCUUCACUUCCUCUCCACCUAUUCGGGUUGAAGAAGAAGAAGAAGAUAAAGAGUCGCCGUCCACACAGGACAGUUUGUGUGACCGAGCAGCCAGAGUCAUCCAGAGAACAUGGAGGAAACAUGCUAACAUUGUUGUGUUUAAAUACUUCAAGAAUCUGGUGAACUUCAGGCAUCAGGGUGAUCCACACCUCCUGCUCAAAUAUAUCAACCCCAGAGAGGCUGAUAUUUUGGAUGCUGCUGCAGGAGUCUACAUUCGCUUCCGACUCGGUGGAACCAGCUUUCCCCCAAACGUCUACUAUAAAAUCUUCACACAUCGGCCAAUUGUGGACAUGUGCGCCAACAGCCCCAAAGACUACACGCAUCCUGGGCAGAAGAGAGCCGUCGCACAGCAGGUCCAUAACGGCGUGCCGUUGGUUCAGGAUGACCGCACGGGUUGGUACCGUCGGGUGGAGAACAACGGCUGGAGGCUGCUCUCUGGCAAGAUUUAUCUUCAUGGAGACCCCAUUACUCAAGACACAGGCUGCAAAAGAACUGAAUUCCAUCACUGCAAACUCAUCCGACGGCAAGACGCCGAGAGAAAGAGGAAAAUCAGAAAAAUUGAGUGGAUGAAAAAAAUGUAUAAUGAAGGGGCUGUGCACGAUCACGCUGAACACAGAGACACCGUGGUGCUGCAGGAGACUUCAGAUAAAAGUGAGCGGCUUGAACCCGGUGGGGUCGUAGACCAGGAGGUAGACGAGCUGAUCGAGUGGACCAAUGCCCUCAACUUUGAUGAGUAUAUAAACGAAUGGAAGCUUGUGGGUACGAGUAAAUCUUCAGUGCUUCAGAAAGAUAAGCAGCAGGUUCUCUCUGCACACGACCCUCAGGAGUUCUCCGAGCUCACGCAGGACAUCGGCUGCCUCCUACCUGCUCGUGUCUCCAGUCUGAAUCACUCACAAUACACAAGAGGUGUCAUCUGAGAGCGCAUCACAUGACACAGCACAAUCAGUGCUUCACUGUGAGAGCAGUAAUGUUCCUGCAGCUGACAUGAAAUGUUUAUGUAUGUUGUUGUUUAUGUGUAAAAUAUAUUCGGUCCAAUACACUGUAUAAGCUACAAGCUGUAAAUUUGAACAAAGAUCUUCCAAGCUCCAUGUAGUGACUUCAUUUCACAAAAGAGCUUAAUGCAAUUUUAGCAACCCUGUUUGUCCCCACUGACCAAUCACUGAGCACUCACUGAUCACUAUAGUUCACUGCUAUCCAAUCACUGAUCACUAUUGUUCACUAGUCCAUUAGUGAUCACCGUUGUUCACUUACAACUAUUCUCUAUUCUUUUCUCAUCACUCACUCACUUUCUACCGCUUAUCCGAACUACCUCGGGUCACGGGGAGCCUGUGCCAGGCGUCUCAGGCGUCAUCGGGCAUCAAGGCAGGAUACACCCUGGACGGAGUGCCAACCCAUCACAGGGCACACACACACUCUCAUUCACUCACGCACUCACACACUACAUACAAUUUUCCAGAGAUGCCAAUCAACCUACCAUGCAUGUCUUUGGACCAGGGGAGGAAACCGGAGUACCCGGAGGAAACCCCCGAGGCAUGGGGAGAACAUGCAAACUCCACACACACAAGGUGGAGACGGGAAUCGAACCCCUAACCCUGGAGGUGUGAGGCGAACGUGCU